UUUCUCUUAAUUACGCUCAAAUUUACGCAUGUCAAAUACUCGGAUACAGCAAGGUAUUGCCAAAGAACAUCCAGAAUGGGUUAUUCCUCGUAUAUGUCAACAGCACGCAUAUAAAACCGGCAUUUAUGCUGCUAUUGCCGUUGGUAUAGUGGCUUUUCCUAUUGGCCGACGCAUAGGACUGGAUCGAAACCGACAAUUUCUAGCAGCCUUUGCUGCAUCUGGAGUAACCGGAUAUAUAACUUCACAGUACAUGUAUCAUCAUUGUCGCGAUAUGUAUAACUUUUUCGAAACUAUGAAUUCGGAGACGAAUCGUCGGUGAAAUUCCUUCAGAUUACUUCCACAGCACAUUCUGAAAUUCGCUUUGGUCACUCGAUUUUACGGUUGAGCGUCUCCAUGUGAACCAACUUGCCAUAACACCUACAGCAAAGAGAAACAUUAUUACCAUCCAAUGAUGCAGCUCUCAAAACGAGCUUACGCGGAUGAAUAUAACGCUUUGCAAUCUUGUUAGAGGAUAAGAAACUCUCUUUCCUGCAAUCUAAAAAUAAACUGAUUCAUUGGGAUUUCUAUCG